UAUCUAAACGCAAGUCAAGAUACGGUGUGGCUGUCAAACAUGGCCGCCCUCCAUCUCUCCGUCGCAGUAUUUCUGUGUCACAUAUAUUUCUGCAUGACAGCUCCUAAGGAACAUGCAUCGGGACAGCUCGACUUCAGGGUAAAAACAUUCUCUGACGGACAAUACAGACUUUCCAUAAAGAACAUUACAUUUCUAACAAGUCAAAGAUUUUUUGUAAUCUCAAAUGGCACUACUUAUGAAAGAACAAAUCUCACACUCAACUCGACCGAGCGAGGUUCGAGCACCGACCAUCUGCUGGGUCGUUAUACCUUCACGAAGUUCAAUUUUGUCGUACCUGACCUUGGAAACAAAGUCGAGGCGUGGAUCAAAGAUUUUACUCCGAAACCUUUCAUUACCUUUGAAAUGCUCUAUGUAGAUGGGAUGAACGGGACACGCUCCGUUGAUUGCCCACCUGUAUCUUACCCCCCGACCGGGACCUUCCUGAGAUGCUUCAAUCAAACUUCGGCUGGGUUUCCAAGUUUCCAAGUUCAAAACACAUCCACAACUCUGGGUUAUCUCAAUCUGGGAGGCAAAAUGGUUGGAGAUUUCGAUAAACAAAUUGGCCUUUUUGAUUCGAACACCCCCAAGAUGACAGACGGUAUAAAAGGUGGACCACUGGCCGUGUUCGAUUCUGAUGGAAAUACCGUACUUAUUUCUCCGUCCGACAACUUUAUGGCUAUUUCUAUGUGGCACGACCAAUCGCCGGGAGGGACUGUUAACUGGGGAGUCAUGGGAGGGGUAGAUCAGAUUCCAGCAGGUUACUCAGUAAGAGUUGUUGCAGUUGCCGCUCCGGGAAUCAACCAGGCGUUUUCUGAAUACGGAAGGUUUCUUGAACUCCUGUACAAAACAAAAGAGAGAAGGAAGCAUUACCAGUCCCAGGACGUCUCCCUUAGUUACCUGGGCUACUGGACCGAUAACGGUGCCUACUACUACUACCACACAGAGGCAAAUGCUGACGGAACCAACAAAACUUUUCAAAACACUCUUAUUGAUGUCCAAACCUACAGCGAGUCUGUCAAUCUCCCAUAUGGAUACAUGCAGAUUGAUUCUUGGUGGUAUUACAAAGGGUUUCAGAAUUCCGUUAAAACAUGGGAAGCCAGACAAGAUAUAUUUCCAAAUGGCAUCAGUUUUCUGAAUAAGAAAACCGGUCUUCCAUUAGUUGCCCACAACAGAUAUUGGGGACGUGACACGACCUAUGCCAAACAAAACAAUGGCAACUUCACCUUCGUCGUAGAAUCAAUUUUAGCACUACCCGAUGAUGAAAGUUUUUGGCCGACAUUAUUUAGAAAUUCUAAAAGCUGGGGUUUAAGUGUUUACGAACAAGAUUGGUUGGACAUCCAGACUUUAGGUCUGGCCGCUCUUCAGACGGACCUAUUCUUGGGGGAGCGGUGGAUGAGGAGUAUGGGGGAGGCUGCGGAGCAACUGAAUCUGACCAUUCAGCUGUGUAUGUCCCUCCCACGCCACGCUCUGAUGAGUUACACACUACCCGCCAUUACACAGGCAAGAGUGAGUCAAGACUACCAUUUGGAACCGGAACAAUGGCGGAUAGGGAUGUCGUCCAUACUAGCGUCUGCUCUUAAUUUGGCACCAUCAAAAGACACAUUUUGGACAACAGAGAGACAACCCGGCAACCCAUUAUACCCAGACACUCGGGAGCCUUAUCCUUUACUAGAAGCUCUAGUGGCCACCCUCAGCACGGGCCCAGUGGGACCCGGGGAUAAGAUAAAUGACACGGAUGUCCUCCUGAUGAUGAUGAGCUGUGAUGGGAACGGACGUCUUCUAAAACCCUCACACCCAGCUACCGCCAUUGACAAACAGAUAAUAAAGGCUGCAAUACCUUCAUCCAGUGGACCUGACGGAGAGGUGUGGACUUCCUACACCACUAUUGUCUCCGACAGACGUCGGGACUUCGGUAUCUUAAUGGCAGCCAACUUAUCCUCUCCAUACACGGUCAAAUUCUCAGACACGGGUUUUCCAGACAGCCUGAAGUCAUCACUUGUAUUUCCUUUUGGAUCUCCCGAAAUGAGGCAACAGUUCGAUGAUGACCAUCCACUGGUUCUGAGCAACUGUACACAGGACAGGUUUUGUUUGUACUACUUCAGUGCACCCGAAACUGGCCUAAAUGGAACAUCUAUAACAAUAUUUGGAGAAACAGUUAAAUGGGUCCCAAUAUCCCCUGGUAGAGUGACUAACAUCGUACACGCCGAAAUCAAUAUGCGGGUAGGAAUCAGAGGUAAACCGGGGGAGGAAGUUACCAUGGUUUUCUUAAUAAACAACUCAGUUCGUUAUUCAACUUGUAAAAUUAGCACAUCAGGCACGGCCAUACUGGACGCCAAGUACGGAUGUUUUCCAAAUCAUCCGACUUCUAGUCAACCAACAUCUGUUGCACCGACGUCAUUCACGACCAAUUAUAGUAUGACAACAGAGAUGAUACAAUCAUCAACCUCUCACUCCUCGGCUUCUGGUGUUGUUCAUCAGAAAGGAGUACUGUUGUUCAGUGUUUGGCUGUCGACAACAGUGCUGAUGGUGAAAGCGAUGUAUUGAAAUAAUACAACCAAAAUCAUCUACAUUUGUAUUUCACUGGAGUUUAUCAUAUUCUGUCGUCAUUUAGUAUUACAGCAACAAAAUGAUGUUAUUAAUGACACUUAAGUAUUUAGGAGAAAUAAAUUUAUAAACUGUUGUUUUAAACAUUGUUGUUCCUAAGAAAAAAAAGCGGUCGCAGAAAUGUUGUACUUAAAAAGUAAUAAAAGAGGAUGAACUUUCAAAUAACUGUAUAGUAAUCGUUUAUAAUUAACUAAACAACAAUAAUUGAUAAACUAGAUUUGUUGUGUAGUGUUUCCGUAAAAUUUAGACGUAAUUUUCAAGUUUUCUACUAGAAUCAAAUCCAGGGAUCACGGAAGUUAACUACGCUGUUAAUAGAGACACUUUCACCCAUCACUUGCUGCUAUCAGGUUGAGUAGAAAUUUUGGGCACAUUUAUUAUAGUUUCUAUCUUAAACACAUCUCAAGUUUUUAGAUGAAUAUAAAUAAACCAUUUUUUACUAGCCUAAAGAAUAUUCAUGAAGCAUUGAUAAAGGUCGAAUAGUCUGCAGUCAUCUUGAUUAGAUAAAGAAAAUUUUAUCAUAAGUGUGAAAUUGAUGAGAGUCAGAAAAAUGUGUGAAUUGCAGUAUAUACAAAUCCAAAUAAAGAUUUUAUUUGAAAGAACCCUAAUGUACACCGAAAAUGUCGAUCAUUAUCUCUUUAACGGAAAGUACUUUUUUUAAUGGCUAUGUACAUGAUUAUUUUACCAAAAAGUGUUAUACGCAUUAAUUUGAUUCGUUACAUGACGCAAUUAAAAUAAUUAUUAUGUAUAAAUACCUUUAUCUGAAAUAGAUAGGAUUUAUUAAUUAUAUUUUGUAUCAUCAAUUAGUACUAAAUAUAUAUUUUUGCUUUGGUUAUGUUGCUUCCUUUACACGCAAUGCGUUGAUAAUUAUCUAGGUCAAAUUAUAAUAGAUAUGCUAUUGUUCAGGAAAUAAAACUCAGAUAGUGUGGGUUGUUUUUUUCUGUUUUUUUUUCCCGACAGCAAUAAAACAAAUCUUCCUGUUAUAUUCAUCGCUUGAUGAUUCCAAAAUAAUAAUUUAAUAGAAUGUCGGUGAUUUGUUCACAGGUCUAUCACUCAAGUUCAACUUCUUUUAUCUAUUGUCAUAAAGAAAUGGAAUACCCUCAAAUCAAUUAAAGAUGACAAAAUUUGAUAAUCCAUAAUUAUUAACAGAUAGUGUUUAUUCUGUUUCGGAAUAUAUACAACUUGAAUUAUACCCUUGGACCCGGCAAUCUCAAAUUCAGACACACUUAUUAAAAAUUUUAUUCAAAGACUAACUUUACUUAAGAAGAAAACCCUUAGAAUUCCAUAAUAAGAACAGAAAUUACAUUUUGUGAAUGUAAUACGAUAGAAUUCUUGUCGGUUAAACCACGGUUAAAAUCACUUUUAUUAUACGACAUAAUAUUAUAUGAAUAGUGGUAUUUCAUUGUAGUUUUAAACAAAAUAACAAAAUGGCGAUUGGUUAAAUAUUCAUAAAUAUUCAUGUGACUUAAGAAUUGAUGUGAUUGAAAAUGUAACACAAUUGUUAUAAGAUUGUGAGAUACAUGGUUUUUUGUGUGUUUUUUUUUCAAUUUAUUUUGUAUGAUUUAGAUAUAUAUAUAUUUAUAUAAACUACAUGUACGAAAUUGAAUAAAAUGAUUAAAAAUUAAAAAAAAAAAAA